AAUAUAUACAAUAUAUAUGCUCGUAUAUGUAUAAAGUUCUCGCCUGAACAGAUAAUUGAGUGCUGAUAAGCACCGAGCAUGACACUAUCACUGAAGGUCUGCAGUACCGGAGCUGUUUAGUCGCCCCGUAAAGCUCAUAAUGAGAGCACUACUAAUAGGAACAGCAUUGCUGUGCGGGCUAUGUCUGCACAACAUCUCGCCAGCAACAGCCGCGAAGUUUUCUUGGAGUUGUUAUGCAAAUGCCAAAGAUUUUCCCAUAGAUCUCGAGAAGAUGGCUGGCUACUGGUACGAAGCGGCGCGCGUCCCCAACGUCGAUGUACUGGAGUGCUUAAACGUCUCCGUGCCGGCAACAGUUAGUUCAAGCGACAAGCUCGAUCUGGAGCUAUCUUAUAUCAGCACGGUUAAUGGCAAGUGGUUGCCAACGCACGAAGUGAUCUCAUUUCCCGCGAAUUCUCUCGAGAACGGCAACUUUGUUCUGCAGUUCUCCAGCUCCACGCUCAAUGUCACCGUCGUCUAUAAGUUGGUCUACACGGACUACUCAACGGUCGCUCUGCUCUGUGGCUAUGCGAGCAUUUCGCCAGUUCCGCUCUUCAAGCUGUUCACACGACAACGCGAAAUCAAUCCGGCUUAUAAGAAACUGAUCGAGGACAAGGCCAGCAAUUAUUCGUUGCUCUCCCAAGUAUAUUGGGAGGAGCAGUCAGUGGACAGCUGUAAUGGUGGAUGGCGCACUGUUCAAUUAUCUGAGAUCACAUGGCAUCUGAGUGUGGUUCUCCUCCUUUGGCAGCUGGCAAGCCAAUUUUUUAAAACAAUUAAGUUGUAGCCACUUUUAAGUAUGAGUAUAUUACUAAUUUUCGGAGUUGGCAAAACAAUUCCCUAGAGCAAUUAAUUUAUAGACAAUGGUUUUUUAUAAUAUAGAUUGUAUUUUAAGUAGACAACUUUUACUUUAAAUAAAACAAACAAAAUUAUUACAGCA